AUGACUGUCACCACUUCAGCCACAACAUGUAAGAAUGCAGAAACCACUAAAGCUGAAGGGUGGUACAAACUAAUAGUGACGUUUCAAGCUUCACCCGAUGCCAUGCUGCUCGGCCACCCACAAAUGAGCCCAGCGUGGAGGUUAUUCCUGUUUGGCAAUGGCUCACCUACUCAUCACUUGGGACUGCUCACGGGCUCUCCCACUGAAGUGGACGUACUGGAGAUGCUGUCGGUAGGAAACAGUUCAGACGGUGCACCGUCAGAAGUUGAGGCCAUCAAGGCUCCACGCUAUCGACGUCAAGUCUGGUUGCGAAACAGCUGUGGGGAACGUCUAGGGUAUGCGGCAUCAUGGAUCAACAUGGAAGACGUCGAUGCUGUAUUCAAAGACACCAAGAUCCCAAUUGGCAAGAACAUUCUGCAGCACAAGACGGAGUUGUUUCGUGACAUGAAAAGUGUCUUUUGUGGUCAUUCAAAUGAGCUUGAAAAAGCUUUUGGAACACCGGGACCAUUUUGGGGACGCUCGUAUCUGUUCUGGAGUGGGGGAAGACCUGUUACCUACAUCUACGAAGUAUUUUCUCCUGCAUUGGAAACAUAUAUGGGUAAAGUGCUGUUAUCAACUGCACCUACAAGCUCAAAACUAGAUUAA